AUGGUAAAAAGCAGAGAAACACAAAACACGCCAAUGUGGGUCAUAAUUCUUUAUGGUAUAUCAGCAUUCAUUGUCGUGAUCAUUAUAGUCCGGAUAAGAUUUAUUAAAGAUGGUCAAGAAGCUAUUAUAUAUUUUAUGAUAGUUCUUGGUGUUCAUGUAGUUUCAGACCUUUGUUUUUUAUUUUAUUCUCGUGCCAUUGAUACAAACGAGUCAAAUAUAUUUGUAUAUUUACAUGCGGUUAGCGGAAUUAUAACUGGCUCCGGUCUGUUAAUCGAAGAAAUGUAUGAAGGACUUGCGGUUUCUUUUCUUAUGCUUUAUAUUCCUUUUAUCCAGAUGUUAAAUAUGGCAUUACUUUCGGACAACAAUUAUUAUUUGAAAAAGUUAAUAUUUGCCUCAAAUUUAAUCUAUAUUUCUAGGAUCUUAAAUUAUUUAAAAGAUGCACUUUCUUACUACUAUAAUAUGAUGGAUCGUGAUUAUAAAUCUUUGAUAGGGAUUUUUAUUCGCGGCAUUUGUAGUGAUUACACUUGGGGAGGACUUAUUGGGGACUCACAAUUUCGAAGAAUUUAUUUACUUAUUAAAUAUGGUGGUGAAAAAACAAAACUAUUAGUGAAAAUCAAUCGUCGAGUAGGAAAAAUACUCAAAGUUGAUGAUGGCCUAGAGCCCGAGAAAGAAUUUGAUGACCGACCAAGAAAAGAAAUUUAUGAGGCAGAAUACUAG